AUGAACGAUAGCUACAACAACGACUACGAUACAUAUUAUGACAAUUUUACCUAUGAAAAUGAAUUUGAAAUUGGACUUGGUGCCAGCAGGGUAAGUCACUUCUUCUACCCUCUGGAAGGAACUGAAAAGUUAGAGAUUUCAUCUGGAUUACUCAAAGGAAACAACAUGAACUAUAGCUACAACUAUGACUACGAUUAUUAUGACAAUAUUACCUUUGAAAAUGAUUGGCCUGAGGAAUCAAAGGAAUCCAUUAAAAUCGCAGCAUACGUGCUCUUCGGCAUAUCAUGCUUCCUUGGAGUUCCUGGAAAUGCCUUUGUAGUGUGGAUUGCUGGUGUGAAGAUGAAGAAGACCGUUAACUCCAUCUGGUUUCUGAACCUGGCCAUUGCUGACCUCCUGUUCUGCCUGUCCAUACCGUUUACAGUGGAUAAAAUCCGUCUAGAGUAUGACUGGUCUUAUGGAGAUGCUAUGUGCAAAGUCAUACCCACGAUCAUCAUCAUCAACAUGUUCACCAGCAUCUUCACCCUGAACCUCAUCAGCCUGGAUCGCUUCAUCCAGAUUGUUAAACCUGUUUGGGCUCAGAACAACCGUACGGUCAGGCUAGCAUGGAGAUGCUGCGCUUUGGCAUGGGCAUUGGCCAUACUCCUCAGCCUGCCGAAUUUAUUGCGAGAAACAGUCACCUCAGACACCACAAAAAAAAAAUACUGCAUAAUUAAAUAUGUGGCCAAGCUGAUAUUCAUUAGCGAGUUUGUGAUAGGCUUUCUCCUGCCACUCCUGUGCAUUGUGUUUUGCUACACAGGUAUCGCCUGUAAGAUUAUGAGCAGCCAUAUUCAGGCAGGAAGAUCAUUCCGUAUCAUGCUGGCUGUUGUGUUGGCAUUUUGUUUCUCGUGGCUUCCUUACUAUGUCGGAGUUCUGAUAUUCAUUUAUGAUAAGUCAUACUAUGCCGUGGUUGCAGAGCUUUACCCUUUGCUCAUCUCUUUCACAUACAUCAACAGCUGCAUGAACCCGGUACUGUAUGUGUUUAUGGGGCAGGACUUUAAAAAGACAAUCAAACUCUCGUUGAGACGUGUCUUUGAGAAGGCUUUUAGUGACGAUAUCAUGGUGAGCUCUCAAGGACAGCAGUCGCGCUGCACCAACUCCUCAGUUGCCUAGCUGUGACUGUGACUUGAAGGAUGCAGCAUGUUGUCAUAUUCCUAUUAACUCUUUGGACUUUGUUAGCGUGUGUAGUGUGUAAUAUCUCUAGAAAUAAAAUUAAAGGAAAACUCUACCCUGGAAGAUUUGCACAACAAUCUGUAUCAAUGUAAUAAUGAUAAUCAGUACUCAUUUUCAUCUUUCACCUGUAGGUGCGACUGCUUGUUGAUUGUAAUGCCGAGAGGAUUUAAUCUCUUGCUUUUAAGAUCGACACCACUGCCCUGGUCAUCUCUAACUAACUAACUGAGCUGUGUCUGUGCUGUAACUGUUUUGUAAAGACUUUGAGUUCAACAUUUGCACCACUUGAACAGAGAACAUUUUUUAUGACCUAAGAGAAAAACCCCCGUUAUACCAUAUGUUUGAAAAUGCUGAUAUUUGUUACAGCACAAAUGACCAAUUAGCACCAAAAUG